AUGCAAGCGAAGCACACGCUGCAGGUAAAUGACGAUGCGGGAGUUCGGAUAAAUAAGAGUUACCUUAGCAUCUUUAUCGAUGCAGGGGGAUUUGAGAACAUGGACUUUAUUGAACGAGAUGCACGCAACUACAUUGUGCAACACAGAAGAUCUUUAUCUAAAGACGGUGACGAUCAAGCGCUCUUAAGACACUUUUCUUCAAUGAAGGAUUUGAACAACGACUUCUUCUACGACAUAGCAUUGGACGAAGGAAAUAGAAUAUGUAGUGUGUUUUGGGCAGAUGCAAGAAGUAGAGUUGCAUGUGCGGAAUUUGGUGAUGUGGUGUCCUUCGACACCACUUACUUGACAAAUAAGUACGACAUGCCNUUUGCACUGUUUGUUGGACUGAACCACCAUGGUCACUCCAUCUUACUUGGAUGUGGAUUGCUUUCUUCCGAAGACACCACGUCAUUUGUUUGGUUGUUUGAGUGUUGGUUGAGAUGCAUGGGAAAUAAGGCACCUGAUGGCAUAAUAACUGAUCAAUGCAGGGCAAUGGCUAAUGCCAUUGAACAGGUUUUCCCUCAAACAAGACACAGGUGGUGUUUAUGGCACAUAAUGAAGAAGUUGCCAGAAAAAUUUGCAGGAUACAAAAAUUAUGUCGCCAUCAAAACAGAUAUACAUGCGCUUGUAUAUGAUUGUGGGUCGCAGACAGACUUUGAAAAUGGAUGGGAAGAACUACUGAUAAAGCAUGCAUUGGAGGGUAAUGAUUGGUUAUGUAAUCUUUAUGAUGAAAGACGAAAAUGGGUACCUUGUUACUUAAGGAAUGAUUUNUGGGCNGGUAUGUCAACAACACAAAGAAGUGAGGGCAUGAAUGCUUUCUUUGAUGGAUUCAUCAAUUCAAGCACCACACUUCAACAAUUCGUGGUACAAUUUGACAAUGCCCUUAGAGUUAAGGCACAAAAAGAAAUACAGACUGACUUCUCCUCCCUGAACACCACGGUUGGUUGUGGCUCGCAGUCACCAAUUAAGAGACAAUUUCAGUUGGAGUACACACAUGAAAAGUUUGAGGAAGUCCAAACAGAGUUUCGCUCUCGGAUGAAUUGUUUUAUCAAGAACACUGUUAAGAACAAUUUACUUAAUACGUACACAGUCAAAGAGGAACACAUGUUUGAGGGGAAAUGUGCCGAUAAAUAUUAUAGAGUUGAAUUUGAUCCACUAACUAAAAGUAGCACAUGUUCUUGCCUCUUAUUUGAGUUCAAAGGCAUCAUUUGUCGGCAUUCGUUAUUAGUAUUUGGUCAGGAAGAUGUCUGCAAUGUGCCAUCCAAAUGCAUUCUUCGACGAUGGAGUAAAAAUAUCCGUAGAAGGCACACACUCAUUAGAGCAGUGUAUGGUACCUCAAACCAUCAACCUACAAUGGAAAGAUACCAACAUUUGUGCAAAAAAUUCUAUGACAUAGCGGAGAUCGCUUGUGAGUCCGAGGUUCUUUCAAAUGACUUAGAAAAAGAUCUUCAAUCGCUUGCUCAAAAAUUUGGUUGUAGUUCAGCCAUGUGUACUAAGAUUAUUACUGACGACGGUGAAUUGAGAUAUGGAUAUCCAGUAGCCAUUCCGCCUUCUCUUGAGCCACCUCUGCCUCCAAAACCUCCACCUUCAUUUUAA